AUGCUCCUACCAAAUAUUGAAUCUACCCGCGCCGCGCCCGCCCGCCAGAGCUGUCCUGAGCCUCAGCCUACCUGCAAGCUGUCUGCAUCGUCGCCCGCCUGCUGGCUAUCCAGAAUGCUUCUACCAAAUAUUGAAUCUACCCGCGCCGCGCCCGCCCGCCAGAGCUGUCCUGAGCCGCAGCCUACCUGCAAGCUGUCUGCAUCGUCGCCCGCCUGCUGGCUAUCCAGAAUGCUUCUACCAAAUAUUGAAUCUACCCGCGCCGCGCCCGCCCGCCAGAGCUGUCCUGAGCCUCAGCCUACCUGCAAGCUGUCUGCAUCGUCGCCCGCCUGCUGGCUAUCCAGAAUGCUCCUACCAAAUAUUGAAUCUACCCGCGCCGCGCCCGCCCGCCAGAGCUGUCCUGAGCCUCAGCCUACCUGCAAGCUGUCUGCAUCGUCGCCCGCCUGCUGGCUAUCCAGAAUGCUUCUACCAAAUAUUGAAUCUACCCGCGCCGCGCCCGCCCGCCAGAGCUGUCCUGAGCCGCAGCCUACCUGCAAGCUGUCUGCAUCGUCGCCCGCCUGCUGGCUAUCCAGAAUGCUCCUACCAAAUAUUGAAUCUACCCGCGCCGCGCCCGCCCGCCAGAGCUGUCCUGAGCCGCAGCCUACCUGCAAGCUGUCUGCAUCGUCGCCCGCCUGCUGGCUAUCCAGAAUGCUCCUACCAAAUAUUGAAUCUACCCGCGCCGCGCCCACCCAGCAGAGGUCAUGUGCCAACGUCUACUUGUAA